ACAUUAUUUGUGUGCACAUGGUCUGGCCAUCUUCCUAUUAAAUUUGCACUGUUCAGUGUUCAUCAUCACCAUGUUUCGGAGUCACCGACAACAACAAGAGCAGGAGCAUCAUGAGCUGCAUCCUGAAUCUAAGAUCAAUGAGCUUAGAUCGGCUCUUGGUCCCCUUUCGGGUCGCAGCUUAAUAUACUGCACGGAGGCAUGCUUAAAACGAUAUUUGGAAGCUAGAAACUGGAACAUAGACAAGGCGAAAAAGAUGUUGGAAGAGACGUUAGCGUGGAGAUCAACAUACAAGCCAGAAGAAAUCCGUUGGCAUGAGAUUGCUGCCGAAGGUGUAACCGGGAAAGUAUUCAGAUCAAAUUUUCACGACCGUUUUGGACGAACCGUCUUGAUAAUGAAACCGGGACUGCAGAACACAUCAGGAAUGGACAACCAGAUAAGACAACUGGUGUACCUGAUCGAAAACGCCAUCCUUAAUCUCCCAGAAGGCCAGGAAGAAAUGGUGUGGUUGAUAGAUUUCACCGGCUGGUCUUUCAGCACCAGCGUACCGGUUAAAACUUCACGCGAGACAAUAAACAUACUACAAAACCACUAUCCACAGAGGCUAGCCGUGGCUUUCCUCUACAGCCCCCCACACAUUUUUGAAGCACUUUGGAAGAUGGUUAAGUACUGGUUGGAUCCAAAAACGUUCCAGAAGGUUAAAUUUGUGUAUCCGAAGAACAAAGAAAGCGUGGAGAUCAUGCAAUCAUGUUUUGAUGCGGAUAAUCUCCCAACUGAAUUUGGCGGGAAGGCUACUAUGAAGUAUGAUCAUGAGGAGUUUUCGAAACUAAUGGUCCAGGAUGAUCUCAAAACCGCUAAAUUCUGGGGUUUGGACCAGACGAUCGAUGGGAAUGCUGAAAAAGAGUCCUAGUCUCAUGUUUAGCUUAAUAGACGAAACAGCUUAAGCAAGGCUAGAUUAGAUGUUUGGUUUGAAUUUUUUCCUGAAUUUUGUUUGAUACUUUUACUAUACCUAAAUAAAAGUUUAGGCUCGGUUGGUGUA